UCCCUCCCACAGACCCAUCCCUCGCCUGGUUCUUCCCUGUCCUCCAGAUUGAGCAGACCCUGACGAAUUUGCACAUACUCCGCGCUCCGCGCUCGUCUUUUCUCAGCAUCUGUGCCUCUCCCUUCGCCUCUCUGCAGCCCGUGACCAGUUCUUGACGCACGACUCAAAAGGAAUCCGAUUGGACACCCUCGAUGGGAAGAGUGGCGUUUGACGACUCUCAAGCGGAGAGAAUGGGGGAGGCUUCCCCCGCGGAACCUGCGCCUGCAGCAUGCGCUAAUUCCGCCGAUCCUAGCGCGGCGACCAGCGGGUCUGGCCCCCCGGCGGUGAUGGCGGAGGCGGCGGAAGACGUGGCGGACCUCCUGAUUCAGGGAGCGCGGUACGGCGACAUGGAGGACGUGGCAGCAGCGCUGGAUGGCGGUGCUGAUGCUGGCGUGGCGGAUGAUGAGGGGCGGACAGCGCUGCACAUGGCAGCAGCCAACGGGCACACAGAGAUCGCCAAGCUGCUCCUCCAACGAGGCGCGCCUGUGAAUGCACCAAACCGGCAGGGCAACACACCGCUGCACUGGGCUGCUGUAAACGGAAGGGACUCGAUGGUUCAUCUGCUCAUUGCUGCUGGAGCCAACCCCUCUUCCCUCAACAGCCACGAGCGCACGCCGGUGGAUGAAGCCAUUCACAGCAACAACCAGCACACACUGGAUGCCAUCAAUGCUGCCCUCGCCACACGGGAUGCAGAGAGCCUCACAGUGGGGGGCAGCCAGGGGGACGACACAGGGGGCGACGGGGCUGGGGACGAGGGAUGUGCGGCAGCAGAGCUAAUGGAGUGACGGAGUUGUGUGGGGGGGCGGGAGGGGGUUUGGAGCGUGGAGCUGAUAAGGCAAUGCAGGUGCACUCUGUGGUCCACUGGUAGUGGGAGAGGCUGCUGCCGGCUGCUGCCAGGCAUGGGGGUGUCAGUGCCAGCUCUAGAGCCAGUGCUGGGAAUGUGCACUGAAGGGGGCUUGGUUUUGUAGCCGUCAUUUUCUUGGUGUGUCACGGGCGUGCAGGUCUGGGAUGGUGCACUGCACACGCACAUGCAGAGCGGUAGUUGAUGCACCGUAUGUCUCAUGAAGUGUACAGUCAAUGGUUUUGGUCCACUGCGUACAAGCCGUUGUCUUUCCCUUUGUUAAUUAACCCCACCUGUUGAC